GUGUAAGAGUGUGUAAGAGUGUGUAAGAGUGUGUAAGAGUGUGUAAGAGUGUGUAAGAGUGUGUAAGGGGUCUAUUUUAAUAAAAGACCCCAAAUGAUGUGGAUUCUGUUACCUGGGAAAGCAGUAGUCACAAUAAUUAUGAUGAUGAUGAUGAUAAUAAUAGUAAUAAUAACAAUAAUGAUAUAAUAAUAAGGAAACUCGUAGCUUUGUCGGAACUUUCACCUGGUUCCUUAGAGGAAAAUAGUGGUCGUUGCAAUUAAAUAAUAAUAAUUACAUAAUAAUAUAACAAUGAUAAUAAGCAUAGUAGUAGUAGUUGUCACUGGAAGGUCCUUACAAGGAGAGUAAAAUAAUCGUGUGCGCGCGCGCGCUUCUGUGUGUGUUUGUGUGUGUGUGUGUGUGUGUGUGUGUGUGUGUGUGUGUGUGUGUGUGUGUGUCAGUCAGACGGGAGAGACGGUGUUAGAGCGGUGAAGGUUCUCCGUUGCAGUCGCGCGUAUUCUGUCCUCUUGUGUAAAUCUCCGGUUUAUCUUCAGUUUUCUUCAGUUUCACCUGCAGUACUGUUUCCCUCCUGUCCAUGCAGCGGCUCAGUAAACCAUCAUGUCUGCUAAUUUCGCUUUAUCACGAACUUUACGCAGAACCGGGAGCUUCCCUUCUGCCAGAACAAUCCGGAUUGUGAUCCUGGGACAAGGUUCUGUCGGAAAAACAGCUCUGGCUGUGCGCUUUAUCACCAGGAGAUUUAUCGGAGAAUAUGACCCGACUCUGGAGACCAUCUACAGACACGAGUUGAGUAUUGGGGGUGAAGCUGUGAACUUUGAGAUCCUUGAUACUGCAGGACAGGAGGAAGAUGCGCUGCUGAUGGAAGAGAAAAUUAAAUGGGCCGAUGGUUUCCUCGUAGUUUACUCUGUCACUGACCGCUGUAGUUUUGAUGAAGUCAUGCGGCUGUGCUUUCUAGUGAAUCACAUCCACAGCAGGAGAAGCUGUCCUGAUCCUCCACCAGUCAUCAUUGUGGCUAAUAAAAAAGACCUGGAGUUUGACAGGAUGGUGUCAGUAGAGGAGGGCGAGAGUUUGUCACACGGUCUCAAAGUUCCUCUGCGUGAGAUUUCUGUCCGUGAUGGUUGGGAAGAAACAGCCAGUGUGUUUCAUGCGCUCUAUGCAGAGAUAUUGCAGCAAAUGGACAAAUCACCUCCCUCCUUCCGAAGACGUGGCAUGUCCCGACUGAUGGAGAAAAUUCCCAGAAUUCACUCUAACGCGGCUCUGGGGUCCACAGGCCGUAGUUUCAGCUUCAGUUCAUUCAGAGACCUGCUGCCUGACUGAGAAGUGAGAAGCUUCAUUGAAAAAAAAAAGUUUUUCCAUUAAUGCCUUUUGGGUUUAAGUGUCGUAGGCUAAAAAACGAAGUGUGCAAGCUCUGCUUUGAUAUCAGACAAAAAAGGACAGCUGGGGACAUUAAAUAUAAAAGUUAAGAAUAUUUCAAUGAGAAAAUUGUUUUUAAUCUAUUCGACAACUUUCAUUAAUGAUGGAUUUGGUACAGCAGGAAGAUCAACAUGAUGAAAGUAGAAGAAACUAUACAGUUAAUAUGAAUAUAUAUAUGUAUUAUUAUAUGAAUAUAAUAUAGAAACUAUACAGUUAAUAUGAUUCUGUUAAACAUAAGCUGCUUACAGACAUUCAACACAAACGAAAUGGAUAAUGAAAUGAUAAUGUCUAAUUUUAACUUUCUUCCCUUGGGGAACAGUUCUCUAUGCUCUGACCUCCAGCGCAUGUUUCUGUUUUUUUAGCUUUCACAUUCUUACCAGUAUUAGUGUUUUGGGUUGCUUGGUUUAGGUGUAUUAGGAGCUAAUCUGCAGCAAAAAUGUAGACUCUGGUAAUUUACGUUCAGGAAAUGCUUGGAAAAACUGCUUUUAUAGUGACAAAAAUGUGAAAAAAGUCAAAGGCUUCUGUUAUUUUAUGGCAGUUAAUAAGACAUAGAGUUUACAAGGCAUGUUUGGGAGUCUUUGGUAAGGCAUGAGAGUGAGUGUGGUUUUGCAGCUGAAUGUAGAACCAAAAUAAUUUCACCACCAAAAUGACCUGAGAGGAUAUUAUCACUGUAGGUUAAUGCAAGGUCUUUAAUACAGUUCUUUAGUAAAGAGAAUACUCUUCAAGGCUUCUUUAAAGUUUAAUUGUAUAAUUCUGAGUUUUUAGACAUUUGCCAGACAUCCUGAUCCAGAGCGACUUACAAUUUUUUUACUUUUUACGAGCAAAGAAUUGUGGAUUAAGGGCCUUGCUCAGUGGCCCAAGGAGUGGCAGCAUGGGAUUUAAACUCACGACCUUCCAAUCAGUUGUCCAUAACUGAGCUAACACUAACUACCACUUUUUAGCUUUCAAUAAAGGUCUUUUCUAUAGGGAACCUUUAAGAUAAAGAACCCUAAAUGGUAAAAGCGUAAUAUUAAAUACAUGUUUUGCAAAAGCCAUAUAAAGUAUACUAAAGCCUAUAAUUGAAAAUGAUCGAAAUGUUCUGUGUUUUUGAGAUGUUUUGGAUUUGUGUCUUUUAAUUAGGUUAUUAAUUUGGGCUCCUGCUGUACUUUUGUGCCUUGGGGAACAUUUCUGCAUGCUUUUAGAGCUUCUAGUGGAAAGAAAACACAGAUGUAGAAUUUGAUUUUGGACUUGAAGGGAAAGGACAGAAUCCUGACUGUGAAACUGGCAUGUGAAAUAAUAGCAUGAGAUUAUAAGAGAUCGAUUCAAAACACUGUACCGUAUGAGGUGUUUAGAAAUGUGUCAGAAGCAAACAGGUGAAAUUAAAAAGUUUCAUUUUAAAAGUGCACUUUUUAACAAACUGUAAUCAAUCAUCAGUCAGCAUCAGGUUUAUCUUCACCAAUUACACCUUUAUGACCUGAUACACUGUCAGCUUUUUCAUGCAGCUUUUCUGAGUAGCCAGACUUGUAAUGAUUAUUAACCACAGUAGCAUUUGUUUACUGAAAUGGAAUAAAAUGUUGUGAAGUCAAUGUUUUUAAGCCAUGGCUCAUCACUGAAGGGAAACAGAUGAAGCUGUCUCUUCUGCUGUUAUCAUUAUCAGCAGCUUGAGAAGGGAAGGUUCAGAACAUCAUUAAACCACUCCUGAUUAAUUUUAGAUGCAUGUUUCAUAGAGACUGCACCAUAGUGAGCACCUGGUCCUGUAACGUUAUAUAAUGCUGUCAAUCCAAACCAUUCUGGACCCCCUCACUGUACUGAACAGUUAUUUGUAGAUAUUGUGAAUUUAACAUAUUCUUUGCCUUCCUCCAAACAUAAAUCUGGCCAGAUGGGAGAAAUCAGUAUUUUUUCCAAGCAUUGUUUGAAAGGUACUAACAGCGAACAUUGUUAAUAGCUGAAAUAUGAUGUUAACGAAUUUAGACAUCACCCAUGCAGCUUUGUGGUUUAGUCAUGAGGGGAUUCCUCUCCUGGUAAAGGCCUGCAUAGGUUUGACCCUUUCCUCUACAGGAACUUUUUUUGUGGUAGACCAUUUCAGCACAGUACUCACACAGAACAUUAUUUCUACACAGUUGGUACUGUUGGUACAGUAAUGUGCUAAGAAGUGUCCCUGUUGUGUCUGGAUCCUCUCAAGGUUUUCUCCUCAUGCCCUCUCAUGGAGCUCUUCUCUGUCUCUGAUGCCUUUGUCUUGUUCAUUAGAUCAAUUUUAUAACCUGAAUCUGUGCAUGCUAUGUUUAUGGAGUGUCAGACUAUCAGUAUUAGUGCAUAAGACCGUGAAUGUUGAUGCUGCUUCUCAGUAAAUUCCAGAGUGACUCACUCGUUGGUCAUAGAAAAGCCUUUGUGUUCAGUCAGUGAAGAGCGGUGUGCUGUAUAUACACUAUAAUGCCUGACAAGAGAAAGCUCAUUCAGGUUCAGUCUGGAUUCUAACCUGACACACAGCAUGUAAUUAACCUCAUGUUUUCCAUUGGAACAUAAUCCAUUGUAAUAGAGUACCUAAUUAUCUAACAUAAAAUACACACUUUUACAACAAAGCAUCUGUAUUUAGUAACAUGAUUCAUGAAACUGCAUAUUGACACUGAUAUACCUUAAAGAUGAACUGAAAAUGAUUUUUUUGUAUAUAAAAAACUAAAUAAAAUCAAUAUACACUGGCUUAACGUGUCCUCUA